AUGUGAACUGGUCCAGCUGCUUCUUAGCUGAGUGGGUUCGUCUUAAUUGUGUAUAUUCAUAAAUACUUCGUAUUUGGAUAAACGCCCGUGGUAAACGGGAGCUACAGCAAGACUAAUAAUAAUAAUGAUGUAUAGAGAGAAACAUUCUGAGGGGGUGUGGUUGAUGGUUUUACCAUAUUCAUGAGUGGGCGUGACGACUAGAAGUCUUUCUGCUCCGUGGUCUUCUUUACCUUAGUAGCUUUGCUACCUCUGGAGCUUUGGUCACUAUGUCCUCCAUGUUGCAGACGUUCACCGUCAAUGAGGGACCAUGCGAGGCCCGGGCGACGCCUAGAUGUUUUGCUGCUGCAGCAUCUGGAGGACGGGCAAAGAUUACCCACCCGGGCAAAGCCAUCUUGGCUGGUGGGAUUGCUGGAGGCAUUGAAAUCUGCAUCACAUUCCCUACUGAAUAUGUCAAAACCCAGCUUCAGUUGGAUGAGAGAGCGAAUCCUCCACGAUAUCGUGGCAUUGGGCAUUGCGUUAAGCUCACUGUGCAAGAUCAUGGAGUCGGAGGUUUAUAUAGGGGUCUGAGCUCACUGCUGUAUGGCUCUAUACCAAAAUCAGCUGUCAGGUUUGGCAUGUUUGAGUUCCUCAGUAGCUAUGCACGUAGCACCACUGGGAAGCUGGACAGCAAGUCUAGUAUGCUUUGUGGCUUGGGGGCAGGAGUAGCAGAAGCAAUUCUGAUUGUUUGUCCAAUGGAGACCAUCAAGGUAAAGUUUAUUCAUGACCAAAACUCAUCAAGACCAAAGUAUCGAGGGUUCUUUCAUGGAGUACGUGAGAUUAUUCGCGAACGAGGUCUUCGUGGAACGUACCAAGGAUUGACCCCCACGAUUCUAAAGCAGGGCUCCAAUCAGGCUAUCCGUUUCUUUGUAAUGACUUCUCUACGUAACUGGUACACAGGUGACGAUCCACGCAAAGAAAUAAACCCCAUUGUCACUGGGGCUUUUGGUGCUACAGCUGGUGCAGCUAGCGUCUUUGGGAAUACUCCGCUAGAUGUAGUGAAAACCAGAAUGCAGGGCCUAGAAGCUCAUAAAUACAAAAACACAUUGGAUUGUGCAAGCCAAAUACUCCGCAAUGAAGGGCCUCUAGCGUUCUAUAAGGGGACAAUCCCACGCCUUGGCAGAGUUUGUCUAGAUGUUGCUAUUGUAUUUAUUAUUUAUGAAGAAGUAGUUAAAGUUCUCAACAGAGUUUGGAAGACUGAAUAACUUCAUGCCACCAUGUGCAUUUCUGAACUGGGAACAGACCUUGGUCGAGGAUGACUGUUUUACUUUUAUUUAUAUUUAUUUUUUAAGUUUUCAUCUUAAUGAUUUUAUUCUUUUGGGUAAGAGUUGUGCAUUUUGUAUUGUAAAUAACAAAAUAUUUUGAUUUUGUAGCUACAUUCGUUUACACUGGAUUUUUUAACUUUAUUUUUUUUUACUGUUGCAGAUUUAACGGCAAACACCUUUUUUAAUUGCUUUUAUUUUUAGUAAAUUAUUUACAUAAUACCAAAUUAACAGUAAGACCAUUGUUUGAAGAAAAUCCUUCACAUUUGUAUUAAGCUCAUUUUACGAUUCUCCGCUGUUCUCCUUAGAAACAACAACAAUAUAAACAUAGUAACUUUUUAAAAAAAAAAAUUUUUUUAUUGUCAUUAGGCCAGCUACCUGUGUGUGUGACUGAAAUCCAUCUAAUCCCAGGUGUGCUGAAUAAAACUGUAGGACACUAAUUUUAAAGGGUCGUUAAAAUUGUAUUAAAUGAUUGCACAUGUUAUGGGUAUAGUCUAAUCCUUUAGAAAAGCUUAUCAAAUUCACAUAGACUUUAAUAGAGAACUUUGUCUAAAGCUUUUGUAAACAAUGGGAAUAUACCCCACUCUGUUUAUUUCCUUUGCAUUCGUUUAAGAAUACUAAAACGUGUGCAGGAGCCUUAAUUCAUUCCUGCUCAGGCACAGCAUGCAACCACCUCUGGUGCACAGUUUUAACACUGUUUUAACCACAUUGUAGUUGACCCUUUUUGCUUUACGUGCUUGUUUGAAUGAUAAUAAUCUAACAAAUCGGAGCAUGUUAUUACAGUAGGAUGUCGCUUGAUAUAACUCUACAGCUAAAGACUUAAAGGGACAGUAAGCUAAAAAAAUCUAAUGCAAAACUUGAAAGUAUUUUAAAUUAAAUCCUCCAUUGAUAAUUGGUUAUAUAUAUACCCUGACAGUGUUUAAACUCUCAUGGCUCUGUCCCCAGCUAGAGGGGUCAAAUAGAAAUGAUGUGUGCUAUAUUACCUAAAAAAGUUACGGAUAACCGGAGCACAAACUAUUCAAUGUAUAGUUGGGAGUGGUACGCUUCUCAUUUUGUUGUACUAACUGCAUAAAAAAAAAGAUUAAAAAUAAAACAUUCAUCAGCAUAAGGGUUUGGGUCCUAUAUGAGGUACAUUCAGACGUAAGUUAAUCGCUUUGAAAAGGGGUGUGUACCUCCUAUGCGUUAUAAAUUUAGGCGCUAUCUAUAAUACUUUCCGUUUUUGUAUUAAAAAAAAAAAAAGGAAUGUUUAUUGUCUCUUUAAGCUAAAAAGCCCUGCUAUAUGUGUUCAUGUCUUCUCUGUUCCUUCCCCCGUAAGGACAAAAAAAUGUUUCUAUUCAGCCAGUCGUGUGUGUGUAUGUAUAUAUAUAUAUAUAUAUAUAUAUAUAUAUAUAAAUAUAAAAAAUUAUUUUGACUGGAACUAACACUUUUAUCUAUUUUCUUUGAUAACUUAUAUCCUUGCAUACGUAUGUGUGAAUCCUUGUUGUGUAGCAAAUAACACCUUAUACCGGUUCCCAAAUCUUCUCAUUAACUUGUAUCUUUCUUAUUUCUGUAACCUUUAUUUCUCUUGUAAGGUGUAUCCAGUCCACGGAUCAUCCAUUACUUGUGGAAUAUUCUCAUUCCCAACAGGAAGUUGCAAGAGGACACCCACAGCAGAGCUGUUAUAUAGCUCCUCCCCUAACUGCCGUAUCAAGUCAUUCUCUUGCAACUCUCAACACGCAUGGAGGUAGUAAGAGAGAGUGGUGAAAUAUAGUUAGUUUUUUAUCUUCAAUCAAAAGUUUGUUAUUUUAAAUGGUACCUGAGUUGUACUAUUUUAUCCCAGGCAGUAAAUAGAAGAAGAAUCUGCCUGAGUUUUCUAUGAUCUUAGCAGGUUGUAACUAAGAUCCAUUGCUGUUCUCACAUAUGUCUGAGGAGAGAGGUAACUUCAGCGGGAGAAUGGCGUGCAGGUUACUCUAUGAGGUAUGUGCAGUUACAAUUUUUUGUAGAAAUGGAAAAUGCUAGAAAAUGCUGCUGAUACCGGAUUAAUGUAAGUUAAGCCUAAAUACAGUGAUUUAAUAGCGACUGGUAUCAUGCUUACUCUCAGGGGUAAUACCCUUAUAAAAUUGCAAUAUAAAACGUUUGCUGGCAUGUUUAAUCGUUUUUAUAUAUGCUUUGGUGAUAAAACUUUAUUGCGGCCUUGUUUUUUCCACAUCGCUGGCUUAAAUUUUGCCUAGAAACAGUUUCCUGAGGCUUUCCACUGUUGUAGUAUGAGUGGGAGGGGCCUAUUUUAGCGCUUUUUUGCGCAGUUAAAAUUACAGACUGAGACAUCCAGCUUCCCUCAGAAGUCCCCUGAAUGCUAUAGGACAUCUCUAAAGGGCUCAAAGGCUUUCCAAAGUCGUUUAUUGGGGAAGGUAGGGCCACAGCAGAGCUGUGGCAGUUUGUUGUGACUGUUCAAAAAACAUCUAUCGUUUUUUUGAUCCGUUUUUUUAACUAAGGGGUUAAUCAUCCAUUUGCAACUGGGUGCAAUGCUCUGUUAGCUUAUUACAUACACUGUAAAAAUUUCGUUUGAUUUGCCUUUUCGUUUGAUACUGCCUUUUUUUCACUGUUUUUCAAAUUUUGACAAAAUUUGUUUCUCUUAAAGGGACACUGAACACAAAAUUUUUCUUUCGUGAUUCAGAUAGAGCAUGUAAUUUUAAGAAACUUUCUAAUUUACUCCUAUUAUCAAUUUUUCUUCGUUCUCUUGCUAUCUUGUUUUGAAAAAGAAGGCAUCUAAGCUUUUUUCUUGGUUCAGAACUAUGGAUAGCUCUUUUUUUUAUUGGUGGAUGAAUUUAUCCACCAAUCAGCAAGGACAACCCAGGUUGUUCACCAGAAAUGGGCCGGCAUCUAAACUUACAUUCUUGCAUUUCAAAUAAAGAUACCAAGAGAAUAAAGAAAAUUUGAUAAUAGGAGUAA